AUGCCCCCUCGAUGUGUAGCGACCAAGUGUUUGAUCGCAACUACCAGCGAGGGUGGUGGACUAUCUCACAAUUAUACCUACCAGAGAAGUCCGCAUGCUGUGUUCAAAGAUACCUUGAUCUCUGCGACGUGCUCGGACCCCGAAUCAUGGUUCUUCGUGUUCGAGAUGCUUGACGGCAAAUUCACUUUUCACGUCGGCGCACGCAUACCAACAGCACUUCGACAGUUGCAAGUUUACACUGGUUGGGGAGUCGGAGAGGGACCCGGGUGUAGCUUCCACAACAUCAUCAACUCGAUACGCUUUCCUAUAACUCCCACCGAAUGCAGUGCGCGGCUGUCGAGUUUGAUCUGCUGCGGUGUUGUGUUGCGACGUUGGGAGGUCCUCGCCCUGUUGACAUACGAUAUUGCGGAGCAAGCGGAGCACGUUGAGGACGGACCAGAGAUUGUGACGUCAGAAUACCAGCCAGCUGCGCAUGCGCUGAAGCCUAAUAAGCAUGUCGUGCAACUCCGCUUGACUCGACAAGUUGACUUCGGCGGCCUUGGAGCUUUCUUGAGUGGUCAAGCCUCCUGGUCACAUGAAUGCAUUGACACUAUCUUCAACAACCACAUGCGUGAGGGACCAUCUCGUCAAUACACGCAGAUCAAGAAGUCUUUCUUCCAGCGCGAUGAGCAGCGCUUCGAUCUUGGAGGCGGUGUUGAGGCUUUCAGGGGCGUCUUCGAUUCUCUUCAACUUACUUUCUUUCUCAACAACUUCAUGCGCGAGGGACGAUCUCGUCAGUACACGCAGAUCAAGAAGUCUCUCUUCCAGCGCGGUGAGCAGCGCUUCGGGAAUUUGAAAUUGACAGCGGAAGAGUCGGAGUCGUCGAAGGACCAACUUUCAACAGAGGGCAAACUUAACGGGGCACGGAUGUCUGGGGAUCACGGUAGAUGA